AAAAUGUAUAAAAGCGCCGAUUACCUUUCAGAAGCUCAUUCAUUUGAUUCGUACAGUUCAACAUGUUCUUCGAAAAAUCGAUCGUAUUAUUGGGCUUCGCCCUGUUGGCAGUCAACGCUGUUUCAGCGGAAAGCGACUUGGACAGAGGCUUGGCCAUCAUGGCAUGCGCCAGAAGAGCAAUGGCUGUUGGUGUUCCAGAACUGGGCGUUCCACCCCACGAUCCCUACGUCGUCAUCACGCGCAACUUCAGUUUCUCGGCCGAUAUCGGAAGCUUCUUGGGAGCUAAAAUCAACAUGAGCCAAAUGACCUGGGCCGGACUCGCCAGAUGGAAUCUCACGGCCACACAAUUGAGCCUCGACGACGACGACAGCGCCGCCUUCCACUUCAAACUCUACUGGGACUACUUGAAAAUCGCCGGACAUUUCGACCUGCAAGAGGACCAAAUCAUCUUCCAUCCGCAACAGCACGGUCAAUUCUCCAUCGAAUUCGAAGACACCGAUUGGAAAGGUACCCUCAACGUUACCAAGCCCAACAAAAGCAGUAACGGUACAGUCAACGAAUCGGACAUUCACUGGCACGCCAAAGACGUUAAAGUACAUUUGACCGGUUUGGGACUGCUCAACACCCCGACCGCCGCCCUUUUGCAAGAGGGCUUAGAGAACGCCCUGAACAGGAACUUGAUGGGCAAUUUGAUCGGGAAAUUCAUCAAGAUGCGUUUGGAGACCGUUUGGUGGAACACCGGCAAGGUUUGGCAGUUGACCCAAUGGUGCAAAGACCAUCCCGAAUUCUCCGAAGAAUUGGAUUUAGUCUACUAAAAGGUCGUCGCUGAACUUGUUAAAAAUACCUACAAAUAAAAC